AGCUCACCAAGCCAACAUGACACCCUGGAACACUGCGUAGAACAGCAAACUUUGGUAGGUGUCCCUCGUACCCGGCUGGCCGGCAAGAGUCAAGUUCUCGGAGUUACUCCAUUGAUCCGGAUCGGGUGGUUAGGUUUACUUCGGCUUCCUCUUGCUGUCUAGCGGCGCCGUAACUCCACAUAAAAAAAAGAAACAAAAUUUCUAGAAGAGACAGAAAGAGAGAGAGACAGAGAAUCCUAGAAUCAAGGACGUUUCAAGGGAGAUUGGAUACGGCGUGACAUUGUGAGAGAAACUGGGAAACCCGUCGUAAAAAGGUCUUUGCACGUUUCUGAUGAAAGACAUAUAAGACUUCAUUCCCCGUAGAGUAUUUUCUUAUUCUCCAAAUCGUACUCGAUAAACAUUCUCUACACCUAUCUCAUAUCUGAUAAAGUUCAUACAUUCAUUACCUACUUUUCAAAAUGCGCAUCUCCUCACUCUUUGUCGUCGCUUUGGCUUGCGCCGCCGAAGCCGCUCCAUACGCCGCCCUCGACGCAGCAGCCAUCCAGCCGCUCGACAAUGCACCAAACUCACUGCCAGAAGCCGAGGCCCCUGCCAUCACCACCGGACUGGAGAAAGGUCUCGAAGUCUCUUCAAUGGCGGCAGUAAUCCCCGCUUUGGAGCUCGACGAGAAGAACACGACCGCACUGGCUAAGCGCAGCCUCAUCAGCUCUCCGUACCAGAAGCGGACUAUCCAGCUCGCUCUCAAGCAAGCGCUGCACGGCAUCGCCGCCGGCACGACCUGGGUCUGGGACAUCAGCUACCACUACAUCACCGACGACGGUGGCGCGACCGGGCACCUCAACGGCAACCUCGUCCAGGGCGACGGCUCGUUCUCGUUUGGGCCGUUCAAGAUCGACCAUUCGUGGGUCAACAAGGUCGACGGCAUUGUCACGGCCACGUUUGACGCCGUGAUCGGCAGAACGAACCAGAAGAUGUCCCUGACGCUGACGUGGGCCGAGGAGUUUGCUUCGAAUGCUGCCCGGCUGGAGAACCAUGGGACCAGCAGCUUUGCUACCUACUACAGUGCCGGUGGGAGGCAGGAGCACUUGCCUCAGUCUUUCUUUUCCUAUUCGCUCAAGGCGGUUUAGAAGCCUGCCAUCUAAAACUCCCCAUUCCAGACAAACCAACCCCGGACUACUCGCACCAUCAUCGCUACUGAGAUAGGACGCUACGCCGGAACAAGGAAUGUGAAGUGUGACGGGGAAUGACCCAAGAAGACUUUGGAAACACUGUAAAGCUGGCAACGUGGAUGAUUCUCUCACUGCAUUGAGACCUAGGUUUCGAUGCAACGGAAGAUCCUUCACUGUUUUAAAGCACCCACACUCUCUACUUAUAUCUAGGAAACAGCCGUGCUAUUUUUGAAGACUUCGUGGACACACGAGUGCUCCGAGUUCUGAUUUUGACUAUAGCAGUCCGAUAUGUAAUAGUGCUCUUCUGAGUCACAUAAACCAACUCUGCGAGCCCCGACUGCCAUCUUGCAA